AUGGACCAACGACGUGCGCCCCUUGCUGGCCCCGACCACCAUUAUCACCGUCCUUCGCUCCCGUCAGACCAGUCUGUCCCUCCUUCAAACCAGCAGAUCUAUCCCCCACCACGGCCCCAUAGUCUACCUGGCGUCGACGCCUUCCAUCCUCAUCCUCCUCCACCAUCGCAUCAGUACCACGGUCCACAUCCUCCGCCGACCACUGUGAUACACCCUGCGCCGCACCCCGAGGGCCCGGAGAGGGCUGAACAUCCGUACACAGCCCCGCCUGCUGUACACGGCACUCCUGUCAUCAAGACCGACAUCCCUCCUGCACCGCCUCAGUUCCCGCGUCCAUCUAGCAACCCUUUGCAGCCACAGCCCCAGUCGCAACAGCAUCAUCCUGGCCCGCCGCCGAACACUCGGCCUCGGAUGGAACACCCUCAAGCUGCUUACGCGCAGCCUCCGCCGCAUCCACAAGCAGAACAUGUCAACUAUGUCGUUGCUCCUAUGCUGGACCCCUAUGCGCAACCACCGCCAGGAUACUAUCCACAAAUACAAUAUAUGAAUCCGCCAUUGCACAUGCAAAAUCCAAACUCACGCAAGAAGAGUAUGCGUGCCAGCCAGGCUUGUGACAGGUGUCGUGAGCGUAAGUCCAAGUGCGAUGAGAAUCGUCCUUGUGCAACGUGCAAAGAUCAGAAUCUGGACUGUAACUACAAGGAUACCCAUCCUACGAAAGCCGACAAGAACAAUCAGGCUCUUUCCGACAUGGUUGCAGAAGUCUUGACGUCCAUCAAAGCCAUGAGUGAUCGCCUGUCUGUUGUUGAGAAGCACCUCUCUCUUCAGUCUUCCAUGUCCGGCCGUGUCGAUUCACCAACUGAUCCCGCUCAAAGCGGUGCAGAUGGUUCGGCUUCUGACCAAAACGACGUGGAGGUCCCAAUUCAUAUGUUACAGGAUAUUCCUGAGAUGAAUAUGGAGGGUGGUGAUCAUACCACCGCAGCUCACAAGUUAUUGCUCCGAUGGCCUUCCGUCCGACCUUUCAUCCGCACUAGUAGAUGCAGCAUUCAGGACAAUUAUGUCAUGAAGAGUGAGGACCGUGGUCUUUUGCGCCUCUAUGGUGUAGGAGAGCGCAACGGAGACGAUAAGGUUGCCAUUGGAGCCGCAAGUCCAGCACCCAGUAUCAACGGUGAGGAACUUAUCGGCACCCCUCCGGACAAUGAGCCUCGAAGAUCCGAGCCCUUCACACCGGGGUCUCCGGCCAUGGCCAUGGAUACCGAUACUGUCGACUUUCUGUUUGGGUCUUAUAAGAAGCACAUCCACAGGCUGCAUCCCUUCGUUGACAUUGAGAGCCUUGGCAAGUAUCUCAAAGACUUCCAACGCAGGCAUUGCGUAGACGCCAGAUUUCCUCCGUCUCCGAUGUUCGUAUCCAACGGCUCAGGUGAACGAGAGGCUAAGCGAAGAAAGCGCUCGGACAACUACGCCGUAGGCCUCUUGCCAGGAGACUAUUCGAACAGCUCCGCGCCUUCUCAAAACAAACGUGCGCCGGAGAGAACUCUCACCAAUGCGAUUGUGUAUUUGGUUCUGGCUCUAGGUAGAAUCUGUGAUGCCAGCGACCCUCUCGCUGGCCCCGUGCAGGAACUUGUCGCGAUCGGCAAAUCUGGUUCGCACCAGCUACUGGCGGCCUCGCCUAUCACUAGGCCAUCACCUUCGUCUCCAAGGCAGCUUUUUAGUAACGUGGCUAACUCCUCUGCCGGCGUUACACGAGCUCAAUCAUGGGAUGGUGCUGGAAGCCAGACAUUCGACAAGAAACAAGCCCAAAACGUUGACAAGAUACCCGGACUCAAUUACUAUAGAGAAGCUUGCUCUAUCCUCGGAGAUUUCUCUGACUCGAAUGAGCUAGCCUGUGCCCAGGCCUGCCUUUUGGCCGGUCUUUACAAGGGUCAAUUAGCUCGAGUACAGGAAAGUUGGAGCUGGAUCAAUUUGGCAGCACGAACCUGCCUUUAUCGUAUCAAGCUCGAUGGCUUGAGCGGAGCAACAAGAGAGUACCCACCAAGGCAGCUCAACAAGAAUGAGAACCUGACUGUCUUGGCAUAUUGGACGGCCUUGCAGCUCGAGAGUGACAUCCUUGCUGAGUGGGACUACCCUCGAAGCGGUCUUACUAUGUUGGAAUCAUCGGUUUGCUUCCCCACCAACGUCAGAUUUGCAGAGGAGCCGCCUACCAAAUCGGAUCCCGAUGACGUUACCGUGGAGUUGUACUACACAGCGCAGAUGUUCUUGCGCAGUAGGUUGAAUGAAAUGCAUGUCAGCCUGUAUGGAGCCAAAAUAUCUUCUACCGAGUCGUGGCAGCUUGUACCGAAACUCCAGAUGCAAAGCCAGACCUUGGGAGACUGGAGACACCUCAACAAACAUAUAGCUUGGUCUGACGAUGACCCGCCUGCUUCUGAUAUUCUCGCUGCUCGAUUGCGAGGAAAGUACUAUGGUGCUCUCUAUGUUGGUACCCGCCUGUAUCUCGAUUAUGCAUUGCAUGUCAUGCCCGAGAUUGAUAAGGGUAAAACUCUAGAGGAGCUGACCAAGGAUGCUAACGGUAAUCAAAGAGAGACCGAGUUGGCGCUGUUUGCCGCCAUCAACAGACAUAUCGAUGAAGAUGAGAUUAAAGAGAAAUGUCGCAUCUGUAUCGAGUCUGCGAUGCGCAGCACUGUCGCUUUUGAUGGUGUGGCCAGUUCUCACCACCGCUUGAUCGUCACGAACAUCAUGGGAACAGCUCACGCGCAAUUCGGCAACAUGCUUGUUCUUGCGGCUGUCUACAACUGCAACAUCAGUUGGCUGAAAGAAUUGGUCCCGAAAGAUACGCUCCAAAGCUUGCUCCGUCGUACUAUCGGCUUCAUUCGCCGUCUUCAACACGCCUCGAACGUAGCAAAGACCGAUGUCUUGAUCCUCGAAGCGAUCGACCGCACUAUGUUUGGUCGCAGUGAAGGCAGUGACAUCUACACGAAUGAGGGAUGCACCGGUGAUUCGGGCGAGUCUUUCAACUCUACCGGGUCAAACAGUUAA